UAAACGGGGAAAGACGAUAGAUGCGAUCGAGACUAUCGGGACACAUCAUUCACAGGAGUUUACGCUAUGUUUUGAUAUCCUCAAUAACCUUGCGCCUUUAUUGCACUUUCUACCAAGAAGCAUAUUCCUACUUACUUGGUGUUUUUCAGUUUCGGCGCAAUGGUUCGGACUUGUGCUUUUGACGGCUGUAAAAGCACCACCGGACUUCAUUCUUUCCCUUCAGACCGUCAUAUGGCUCGGCGGUGGUUGCAGAUGGCAGGACGGUCCCUCGACAGCAACACCGCUGCUAUGUACAUCUGCAAUCUGCAUUUUUCACGAGAGUGCUAUUCCAACUACAUGGAGGUCGAGUUGGGAUUUGUGUCAACCUGCCACCUUCGCCUCACUCCUUCUGCAGUUCCCAACCCUGCAAACUUUCUACCCUUUCCUACCCCGAGCCGCGUUUUUAGGGAGGUUGCAUGUCAGACUGAGAGCGACCCUGCAGUGAAAGAAACUGCGUGUCAGACGUGCCCGGUGGGUCUGCAUCCUGCCACUGUACAAGCCAAAGUGAAACCUUCCAAGAGAAGCCAGGCAGAUGACUACAACAGGGACAUGCAGUCAGAGAUGAUACGAGGAGCCAUAAAGAAAUUGCUGAUGACAUCUGCUGUGCCCGCUCUCUUUGGAAGUGACAACGGCCAUGGUGAGGGAGAGCCCCGGGAGAAGCGAAGCCGAAUAGAGGUGAACACUCCCAGUACAGCUGCAGAGGCAUCCACCUCAGUGUUUUCAGGUUCCAGUGUGGACACAGAGUCAAACAGGACCUCUGUGUUAACUUCAGGUCCAAGUACAUCUUCACAAGCUUCUUUCUCGGGUGUUCAAGAUACUGAUGUGGAUACAGAGUCACCUUUGCCCUCCGUACCAGUUCUUAUUGCCUCAGGAGCUCCGAGCACCUCAUCCCCAUCCCCUCCUCCAGCUGAACUCAGGGAAGGUUCGUGCAGUGCGGCAGCAUCUAAGGAUUGUCUGAAUGAGAGCUCCCACCAAGAGACUGAAUUAAGCUCUACAACAGCAUCUAAAUCAGAUGAGAACACAGAGAAAGACUUGAGUGGGUCAAGGACUAUUGUGAACAACAGCUGUUUGAUGGAGUUGUUCAAAAAGUGUCAGACUUGUGGAAAGCCAAUAACCAAAAAAAACAUGUCUCACUGUGGUGCACAGACAAAGGUGGCAUGGAGCUGCCUUGGUGGACACAGGGGCACAUGGAUGUCAUCUCCUCUCCUUUGGGAUGCGUUUCCUGAAAUCCAUCUUCUUACAGCUCUUUCCAUUCCUUUUUCUGGAGGCAGCUUUACACAGUUUAAGACAUGGGCCAAACAUCUGCACCUGAAUUUCAUGGGGCACAAAACCUUUUUUGAAAUUCAGAAAGCAUACCUCAACCCAGAAACGAACAGGACUGAAUGGGACAAAAUCUUGGAGGUCAGUCAACAGCUGGAAGGCACUCUGCCUCAUCAGAUUUCAGAAGAUCCACUGAAGGAAAUUAAGGCCAAGUCGAAGAGGAGAGGGAGUGGAACGCUAUCGUCAUUGUCAAGAGAUAAACAGUGUCAGCAGGAUGAUGAUGAUGAACAUCAGUUUGAUUCUACACCUAUGACAUCAGAGGUGGACUGUCUCCAGGACAGCUUUGAGGAGAUGGAGGUCACUCUUGAUAACGACGAAUUCAACAGUGUGAAGAACAGAGAAUCUGACUUGCAUAGGGAUGUGGACAAUGUCGCAGCAACAGCUGAGCUGAGUGCUCCAAGAGCAGAUGACAGCUGUGAUGAAGACGUCUACGUACCUGUAAUUCCUCAAAGGUCUAAAAUGUCUGAACUUUUACUGGAAUGUGAAGAGGAGGAGCUCGAGCCAUGGCAGAAACAGACUUCACAAGUUCAUGUGAAAGUUGAAGAUGAUGUUGGAGAGUUGAGCAUUGACCAAAUAGAUUGUAAGCCGGACCCUGCAUCUCUUCAGACAAAUGCAACACCACCUAAGCUGAAAGAAGAAUCUCCACAGCCUCUUGUCUUCAAUAGCCAAGGCUUCAUUGUGGCCUCUCCCCAAUUAACAAGUAACACUGAGUUCAUCGGCUCUCCUGGAAAUUCAUUACCAUUAGUAACAGCUGGCCAGCAGCAACUUUUCCAUAAAGUUUCUCCAGCCGCAGUGACACCCGAGGCCUAUGAUGUCGUCCACACUUCUGAAGUGCAGAAAUUCAGUAACAACCUGUUGUCCUUAUCAAGCAUCCAGAGCCCUGCAGUAUAUGCAACACCGUCUGACCAAACCACCUCACAAACCCUCUCUGUACCUUUUCCUCUCUCUUGCUUUACUAUCCUUGAACUUACAUCAGCACAACAAACACACAACAAACUUUAGUGUACCAAGAGAAAUAAUUGUGUAACAUCCAGUGAACAAAUGAAUUACAUGCAUUAUUUGCACAUUUAAGUGACUGUGCAGGUCACUGUAAGUCUGUUGGUUCUUCCAGCAUGGAUACAGUAUGGGAGCCCUGCACAUAGCACCUGAUACCUCUUUUACUAAGUUCAAUUAAAAAACUCAAUUUAUUUUUAAGAUUUGGCACUAGCCUGUCGAUUACACUUUAUUUAAAAUGUACAGGUUUAUUGUAAUAUUCAAUAAAAUAAAUUCUUAAAACCCA